AUGGAUGUUUCAAGAAUUCGAAAUUCGUUACCACAAUAUUAUGCAUCAAAUUUAUUCAAUAAUUUUCAACUAAAGAAAAAACAACCAGAUCGUUCAAUAUUUACAGCUAAUGGAAUUCGGGAUAAAUUAUUCAAACAAAAAUUACGUAAUAUAAUUUAUGAUGAUAAUUUUCAGCAUCAACGAGCAUUAUCGGCUAGUUCAUUACGUUAUUUAAAUGAUUUCAGUGGUCGUGCACAUGAAAAUGAACAACAAAGUUCAAUGGUAUCACCAUUAUCUGUUCCAAGAACACCAUUAUCUUUAAAUCAAUUAUCACCCAUGACACCACUUAACAGUGGAAUGACACCUAGACCAAUGUCAUUACAUGUGCAACGAAAUCAAAUUAAACGUCCAUUUCGAAUUCAAUCUGGAAAUGUUAUACGAACUAUUCCUAAAGUGGUGGAUCCAGGUUUUCGACAGUUGACGGUAACACCAGUGACAUCUAUUUAUACAGCACUGCAAACAAGACCAAUACGAAUUGUGAAGUAUCCUAUAAUAUUUGGUACGCGUCUUGAAUUACAAGAACCACAACCAGGUGCAAUACGAAAUUAUAACAAAGAAGAUACACGUUUUGUUACACCAAAGCGGCAAUAUUUAAAUUUUAUUGAUACACAACCGACAUAUUUAAAUGACGUAAAUACUGUAAAACCAAAACGUGUUCAAUUUGUAACUAACAAUGUAGAUGAUUCACCUGAAUUAUACGCAAUCACAACAACACGCUUGAAUAGUGAGUUGUCUAGUAGUACAGAAGGUUUCUCACCAAGUGAUGAUAUAAAACCUGUAUAUGAAAUUGUCGAAGAGGAUGAACCUCAAGGUGAUGCAUUUCAGUUUCGUUUUUAG